AUGCCUGUUAUAUUCGUCAAGACAAUGCCAGGUCUGGCUGACUUGAGAAUAGUGACGGACUAUGAUACCACCAUUGAAGAUCUGAAUCGAAACCUUAUGAACAUGUUACCUCUAACUGUACAGAAACGAGGAGUUAUCACUAAAAUGGAUGGAAGCCCAUUACUCAAAUUGAGGAACGUAAGUGAGCUAAAGGGCGACUUUGUGGAUUUGCAAUUGAGGAUUCCUUUAUGCGGUGGAAAAGGGGGAUUUGGUUCGAACUUGAAAUUGAAAGCAAGAAAAUUGAAAGGCAAGAGGAAAGACGAGCUUAAGGUUGAGACACAGCAUGAAAUGAAGACUCAGAAAGUAUUACCACUGCCAUCGCUAAGAGACAAGAAACGACUUUUAAAAGCCAGAAAAGACAAAUUGCAAAGAUUGGUUGACAUGGAUGUUCGAAGAUUACUGGAUGAUAACGAACAUUUCAACGUUCCAACCCUAGAAUCAAUCUUCGAAGAAGUUGAGAAUUCUGUUGCUUCUGUAAGAGAAGCUGUAAUGAAAAUUAAUGACAAUAGGACAAUGGCCAAUGAAGCGAACAAAACUACGACUAGAAACUAUCAAGCUAAGCAUGAUGUAUUUGGUGAUUUCUUUGAAGAAUAA